UGGGACAUUGUGGUGUGACUGGUGUCUAUACAUCACGUGUCACGGACGUCCAGUGAGAACCCUCCAUGCCGGUAGUUAGUAAUUACUAGAUGACGUAUCACGGCUAAACCAAUCACUGGCGUUGGACUCAAAAGGACAUCCAAUGAGAGCCCGCCAUGCAUUUGUUUCACGUAAGGGUGAACCACGUUUGUGUCUAGUACCUAUAAGCUGCAGUCACCAUGGUUGCCUGCUGCUCUGAUUGUGGCUUCAGGCUUUUUGAGUUGUAUCACCGCUACACCGGGAACGCAGGAGAAUUGUUUGACUUGUGUGUGCAUCAUGGGUUGAUUUUGCUUCCCAGAAUGGAUGCUGGGUGUUGGUAGAAUGCUUGUGCCUCGGGGGCUAGUGUUGGUCCGUAGUGCCUACAUGUCCACCGUGCCUCGGGUGUGUGUUGUUGGCAGUGGCCCUGCAGGAUUUUACACAGCCCAACAAAUUUUGAAGAGUCAUGCCACCGCCCAGGUUGACAUGUAUGAAAAGCUUCCAACACCUUUUGGUUUGGUGCGCUAUGGUGUUGCACCAGACCAUCAGGAAGUCAAGAACUGCAUCCAUACCUUCACCCAGACUGCCUCACAGGAUAGGUUUACUUUCCUUGGCAAUGUUGAAGUGGGUCGUGAUGUGAUGUUGGAUCAGUUGAGGGCAGCAUACCAUUCUGUUGUACUGGCUUAUGGUGCUGCAGAAGAUCGUCCUUUGGGGAUCCCAGGGGAGUUGCUGCCCAAUGUCCUCUCUGCUCGCUGCUUUGUUGGCUGGUACAAUGGCCUUCCUGAGGAUGCCAAUAUUAAUAUCAAUCUGAACACUGACUCUGCUGUUGUUGUUGGUCAGGGAAAUGUUGCCAUUGAUGUUGCCAGAAUUCUUCUAACACCUAUUGAUAUUUUGAAGAAGACAGAUAUCCCAGAAAGUGUGCUAGCAAGUCUGGCUGAGAGUCGAGUAAGACAUGUGACACUGGUUGGCCGGCGAGGGCCAGAACAUGUGGCCUUUACGAUCAAGGAGCUGCGGGAGAUGGUCAAUUUGGCUGGUUGUCGGCCCAGUUUGCAAGCAAGUGACUAUCAGCACCUACGUCACCUCAUUCCAAAUUUACCGCGACCACGCAAGAGGUUAUUGGAACUUUUGGCAAAGACAGCACUAGAAGAGCCAAACCCUAAACUGGCAGCAUCCUAUGCCUCAGCAACAAGACAGUGGAGCCUCCAGUUUCUCCGAAGUCCAGUGGAGGUGUUGGCAUCAGAGGAUGGCAGUGUGUCUGGGUUGAAGUUGGCCAAGAACAAGUUGGAGGGAAAAGAGGGACAACAGAGGGCAGUUGCCACUAAAGAGACAGAAAUUUUGGAGUGUGGUUUGGUGCUUCGUAGCAUUGGGUACCGUGGUUGUGCUGUUGAUGCAUCUCUACCCUUUGACCACCACACUGCCACCAUAGCUAACAAAGAAGGCAGAGUCACAGACCAGCCUGGAUUGUAUGUUAGUGGGUGGAUUGCCACAGGACCAGUGGGAGUUAUUUUGUCCACCAUGACUAGUGGCUUCACUACAGGCAAAGCUGUAGUGGCAGAUAUUCAGGCUGCAACUGUAGACAUAAAUCAACAUAAAGAGGGAAAGACUGCUAUUCACAGACUUUUGGCCGAAAAAGGGAUACAGGUAGUAUCCUUCAAGCAGUGGCAGCAGCUGGACCAACACGAGAUGCUAGCUGGGGCCAGGUUGGGCAAGCCUCGGGAGAAGGUAACCACGCUGCACAGAAUGAUGGAGCUGUCACACAGUGAUUGAAAUGUAAUUAGAGGUUGUGCUUCUGUUUGAUGGCUGAUGGGGUGUUGGAGAAGUCAAGGUCCAGUGGGUCAAAAAGCCAGUUGUUGUCAAGAGAAUAGACUAAGAGUCCUUCAGUAGUGCUGGCUGCCCAGCUUCUCCCUUGUAGCAACAAAAUAUUUUAUAAUAUAAAGAUUAAUAUAUUACUA